GCUUUUGCAGUGAAAAGUAUGACUCAAUUCACGCAUUAUUCACACGUUUUGCACACAAAUAACAAACCAAACACUCAAUGAUCACAUCAAUUGAUCCCAAAGCCAAAGACACGACAACUAUGAGCCAAACGAAGCCGAAGAACGCGAAGCAGCGGUCCAUCACGUGUUGGGCCACAGAGAUGGACAACCAGUCGGACGACACCACCGAUUGGACGCAAUCUAUAGACCAGUCAUUGAUGGCGAUGAUCGCCGAAGACACCAAACCUCGCGAGCCGUCCAAAGGGGACGACAUCUGGAGUCGAGUGACCACUCAUAUGGCGCGCAACGAGAGGGGACAGCGGUGUCGAGUCACCCGCUAUUACCAGACCAUGAAAAUGUCCAAAAGUGUGUCCACACGGACCAAGUGGCGCAAGUUUGGACAGUCGGUGGCCGACCCGCCCGGCCCUCACAGCGCCACCACUAUUGCCGCCGAAGACGUGUUCAUUCAAUUCAUUGGUCACCACAACUACUACAACAACUACAGCAACGGCACCGGCGCUGAGGCCGUGGACACCACUCACGAGGAGAACCCCUGGAAGCGCAUGGAGUCGAGUGGGAAAGGGAUGGUUAAGUGCAGUCACUGCGGGUUAGGUCACUGGUCGCUGCAGUGUCCCUAUAAGGAUCAGUUGGCGGCACUUAACAGACCCGCCGAUACCACGACCUCCUCAACGGCGGCAAAGACAGCGCCGGAGGAAAAGGCGGCUAAAUAUAUACCGCCGUCGAUGAGGGCCGGCGCCGAUCGACGCGCGGGCGACUCGGAUAUGGGUUGGAAGCGGGACAGGGAUGAGGCGACCGUUCGGGUGACAAACCUUCCCGAAGAGAUGACUGACGAUGACGUGAGGGAACUGUUCCCAAGGGAAGCGUUUGGCAAAGUGACCAGGAUCUAUUUGGCUAAGGAUAAGGUGACCAACCGUUCCAAGGGGUUCGCAUUCGUCUCAUUCGAGAGCAGGUGCUCCGCCGAAAUGGCCGUCCAGUUAGUCAAUCGGCACCGGUAUGGCAAUCUGAUCCUCGUGGUCGAGUUCGCUCAGAAUUUCAAAUAAUUGCUCAAAUGACUGAUGAUAUUAAAGAUUAUAAUUAUGUUUAUGUUUUACCGCAAUAUAUCAAUAAUGAAUACUCUAAUUGACAAUUAAUCCCAAC